GUUGACAUGACAGGCCCUUGUAUUUCAUGCAGUCAUGUUCAGGAGACGUAAGCCCAGCACUCUUGAACACAAGAAAGAUCUUGCCAUCCAGGGAUCAGUAUUGCCUGCGCCUUAUAAUGGCAUGAAAAGUUUUUUCAACUUAUCCCAGCUCGUACUUACUGCUGGCCACCUAAGACCACUGCCAGUUGUUAGACAUUCAAAAAUCACUUACAUUGAAGUGGAGAUUCUUGAUGCCCACAGCAAAAAGCAGAUCUGUGUAGUAGAUAAGAAUGAAAUAAUACCAAUAGGUCCACAAUGGUACCCAUCUCGGAUAGGCCUGCGACUAGAACGCAAUGGGCCGUAUUUAAAAGAUUCUGUUAAUAUAAAGAGUCUUGCAGCAUCUUCUAUUAUUACACUGUAUUUCACAGACAUGGGACAGCAAGUUAGCUGGAUAACAGUUUUUCUAACUGAAUAUACAGGCCCUCUUCUAAUCUAUCUGCUGUUUUAUUUUCGCUUCUCAACUGUUUACGAUGCAAAAGAAAGUGCACGGUGUUUACGGCACCCUGUGGUUCAUGUGGCCUGCAUCUGUCACUGUUUACAUUAUAUCAGGCUUCUUCUGGAAACUCUCUUUGUGCACAAGAUUUCAGAAGGACAUACACCACUGAAAAAUAUGAUCAAGGGCUGUGCUUUCUACUGGGGAUUUACUUCUUGGUUUGCUUACUACAUCAACCACCCCCAGUAUACUCCUCCAUCAUUUGGAAACAAGCAAGUUUCUUUUGCUACCUUUGGAUUUCUGGUAUGUGAAGCUGGAAACCAUUUUAUCAAUGUGGCUUUGGUUCAUCAAAAUCAGUCAGGAAAUAAAGUAUCUUUUCCAAGUCCAACACUCAAUCCUUUCACAUGGAUUUUUAUACUUGUUUCCUGUCCAAAUUACACGUAUGAGAUUGGCUCUUGGUUGUGUUUUACAGUGAUGACACAAACUCUGCCAGUUGGUGUUUUUGCAUUACUAAUGUCAAUCCAGAUGGUACAAUGGGCUCGAAAGAAGCACCAACUGUAUCUGAAGAAAUCUAUUACACACAGGACUAACAUCUCUGUCAAGGUGUGGGGGGCAGAAUGUCAGCUCUUCUUUGUUCAGUUUGGCACCUCAUAGGCAUCUUGCCAUCAAAAUCUGAAAGGUGACAGAAUGGUGGGCAGGAUGAAAGGGCAAUAAAGGUUUGUGUGUACAUAAAAAUUGGAAGCAGGGGAAUGACAGAUGAAAAGGACCAGAGCAGCCAGAUUCUGUUUGUACCAGCAUCCCAUGGCCCAGCAGCCUGAGAAAUAUGUGAAUUAUCCCCCAACAUCUCAGAGUUCUCAAAGCAGCUUGGCGAGCUCCGGUUGGCUGGAAAUAGACUGGUUUAGGGGAAGGAUGAGCUAUGGGCAAGCCCAGUGGUGGGAUUCAGCCAGUUUGCACCACUUCGGGAGAACCGAUUGUUAACUUUCUGAGCAGUUUGGUGAACUGGUUGGUGGAAGAAAUCAUUAAGGCAGAGAAUGGGUUGUUAAAUUAUUUGAAUCCCACCACUGGGCAAGCCUACACCUUUUUUUUAAAUUUAGUGAACGGGGCGGGGGUUUCA